CAGGAGUCGACUGGAAUUUGACAUUUUAUACCGGAUUGCGAUUCAAUAGAAUCUUUCGGGGAUGAAUAGAGUAAUCUGUAUAAUUUUGCUCUUGACUGUGGGGCUCUACUUCUGCGAAGGAGUUGAUCCUUGCUGUGCACAGCCUUGUGAAAAUAGGGGGUUAUGUAAUUCAAAAGGCUUUGACAACUAUGAGUGCGACUGCACAAGGACUGGAUAUUAUGGAAAGAACUGCACAACUCCUGAAUUCCUAACAUGGAUAAAAAUAUCAUUGAAACCAGCUCCGAACACUAUUCACUACAUCCUUACUCACUACAAAGGGUUGUGGAACGUCAUCAACAAGAUCACCUUUGUGAGAAACGCUAUAAUGAGCUAUGUCCUGACAUCCCGCUCACAUUUGGUGGACAGCCCACCGACUUACAAUGCUGAUUAUGGCUACAAGAGCUGGGAGGCCUACUCCAAUCUGUCUUACUACACACGGACGCUCCCCCCAUUGCCAAAGGACUGCCCUACACCUAUGGGAACCGCAGGAAGAGCAGUGCUCCCGGAUGUCAAGCUCGUGGUGGAGAAGGUUUUGUUGAGGAAGCGGUUCAUUCCGGAUCCUCAGGGUUCCAAUCUCAUGUUCGCCUUCUUCGCCCAGCACUUCACCCACCAGUUCUUCAAAUCAGACUUCAUGAAAGGACCAGCUUUCACCAAAGCCUUGGGCCAUGGCGUGGACUUAAACCAUGUUUACGGAGACACUCUGGAGAGACAGCACAAGCUGAGGCUGUUCAAGGAUGGCAAACUGAAGUAUCGGGUUUUGAACGGCGAGGUCUACCCCCCAUUGGUAAGGGAGGUUGGGGCCGAGAUGCACUACCCACCCCAAGUGCCCGAGGAGCACCGCUUCGCUGUGGGCCACGAGCAUUUUGGCUUGGUCCCCGGGCUCAUGAUGUAUGCCACCAUCUGGCUGCGCGAGCACAACCGUGUCUGUGACGUCCUGAGGCAGGAGCAUCCCGAAUGGGACGACGAACGCAUCUUCCAGACCACACGCCUCAUCCUAAUUGGCGAGACCAUUAAGAUCGUGAUUGAGGACUAUGUCCAGCACCUGAGUGGCUACCACUUCCAGCUCAAGUUCGACCCAGAGCUCCUCUUCAACCAGCGUUUCCAGUACCAGAACCGUAUCGCAGCUGAGUUCAAUACCCUCUACCACUGGCACCCGCUGAUGCCUGAAACCUUCAGCAUUGAGGACCGCGCCUACACCUACCCCCAGUUUGUCUUCAACAACUCCCUGGUCACAGAGCACGGCAUCAACAACCUGGUGGAGUCCUUCACCAAGCAGAUCGCUGGAAGGGUGGCUGGUGGACGGAACCUGCCUCCUGCACUAGUGGGCGUGGCAGCUAAGGCCCUGGAGCACAGCAGAGACAUGCGUUACCAGUCCCUCAACGCCUACAGGAAACGCUUCAACAUGAGGGCCUACACCUCCUUUGAGGACCUCACAGGAGAGACAGAGCUGGCUGCGGAACUAGAGAGUCUAUAUGGGGAUGUAGAUGCUGUGGAGCUGUACCCAGGCCUUCUGGUGGAGCGCCCCAGACCUAACGCUGUUUUCGGGGAGACUAUGGUCGAGAUGGGUGCACCCUACUCCCUGAAAGGUCUCCUGGGAAACCCCAUUUGCUCGCCGGAAUACUGGAUGCCCAGCACGUUCGGCGGGAGUGUGGGCUUUGACAUCGUCAACACUGCUUCAUUGGAGAGGCUGGUGUGCAGCAAUGUCAAGGGUUCUUGUCCGAUGGUGUCCUUUCAAGUGCCUGAUUUUUUGAGAGCAUUUGAGUCGGCGUCAGUCAACACAAGUGAGGCCCACCUGAGUGACAUGAACCCAGGUGUUCUGUUCAAAGAAAGGACUUCAGAGCUUUAAAUAACUUAAACACUAGGUUCUAUUCAAGUACACAAAUACACAGUUUCUCAGUGUUCUAAAGAUGGUCUCGUUUUAGCUUAAUUUGCUUUAUUUAGUUAUUUAUUAUUGAUUAAUUUAUGUAUUUAAUAUUUAUUUUGUACUGUUGAAUAUUGAGUUGUUAUUAAGUUAUUAAGUCAUUAUUAUGUUUUUAAAUAUGGAUACCUAUUACAAAUGUCUUACAUGAACAAAAGCAAGUUAGUUUACUCUGUAUACAAUGUGGAACUUGAAGGAGUUGCAUUUACUUGAAGAAAAUAACUAUUAGCAAUACUUGUAUGUUGUUCAGCUACUGAAUGGAUACAGCUGGGCUGUAUUUGUCAAUACUUUUUUUGUUACUUUAAAGACAAAGACUUUAUUAUUGUAAAUGGAUGAAGUGUAUAAUGGAUGUAGAAAUAUACCGUUUUUUCAGAAAGUAUGAAGACACAGUAUUUUUCUCCAGCUCCAUCCCUCAGCUGUUUACCAAAGACAGUGGCGGGCUGUCUGUUUUUUGUUAUUGUUUCAACUGCGGAUUGCCCCUUAAAUGUUAUGAAAGUCAUAAUUUACAUUCCAACUAAAAUGGUUAGGCACUUGAGAAAACAUUAAAAGACAAUCGAUCUGUCAAGAUUAUAAUUUUAUUAGUCUGAUUCAAUAUAUUAUAUUCAUGUCACUAUGUCACCCCUUGACCUUUUCCACAUUUUGUUGUGUUACUGCCUGAAUAAAAAAAUGAUUAAAUUGA